CGGACACGAAAGGGAAUAGGAGAAUUUAUUUUAAAAGCAAAAAUGUCUUCCAGUAUUUAUAACAUACCCAAUUUCAGCGCAUUUAGUAUUCACCGUCACAGCCGCAAUCUUUUGUCGGAAAGUGAAUCUGAUAUAAACAUAUUUGUCAAAGAAUAUAAAGACCGUGUUGAGAAACAGUUGAUUCAGGGAGAAGAGCACGAGAAAAGUCUUGUAUCUUUCGCUGACACAAUAAUACCUGAGCCUGAGCACGACGAAGAAUGGUUGAGAGAUAAUUAUAAUAGGUUUUUCCACUACACGCCUAAUCUGGACUUGUCUAAAGUUCACUUUUUAACAGAGAUGGGAUUUAUAUGCAGCAUGACUUUUGCCCCUGAUGGCGCAUUUCUGAUUGUUGGACAUUCUUCAGGAUUAAUACAGAUGCGUCACGGUAUAACUGGUACAGUUUUAUGUACUCUACGCAAUAUACAGUUUCCACCGAAACCAGUGUACGCUUUGGAAUAUAGUCGAUUGGAAGAUAGAGUUUGUUAUGCUGCUUGCAUGGAUGGAGCCGUAUACAGGAUUGAGAUACCUAACAUAAGCAUAUCGAACGAAGAUGAUGUAAUGUUUUGUAUCAGAGCGGAUCCGGGAUUGGAAUCCCUGAAUAUGCAAUUCUACGGCUCCCCAGGGAUAUCUUCAUAUUCGACACCUUUUGUCACUCAAAGAUCGCCUGCACUGUCACUGGGUAUAACAGCAGAUCAGUCGAGAUUAGUCGUAGGUUACGGAGAUGCAUCUAUCAAAAUAUAUGACAUGGAGACACAAGAGGCAGAAACUACGUACAAAGUGCAUAAGUUGCGAUUGCAAUUCAUACCCAAGAAACUGCAGAGGAUGCAUACAGGACAAGUCUGUGCAGUGAGAUGCCACGACCAAAAGCCGACCAUGUUCGCGUCUGCAGCUUGGGACAACACUCUAAGGAUUUGGGAUACGAGAUGCAAAGUCGGCUGCGUGAUGACAUUCGAGGGUGUUGAUAUUUGCAGUGAUAGUAUUGAUCUUAACAGAGAUCAUUGCAUCGCGGGCAGUUGGCAACCGACGGAAGCACUUUGUGUAUGGGACUUAGUAGCUCGAAAGAAGCAAAACAUCAUCAGGGUUCAAAACCGAAGACCAGACGUCGACGGGGAGUACAUAUAUGCUUGUCGUUAUUGGAAGUCUACACAGUACAAUCGCAAAGGAAAAUACUGUAUCGUCGGUGGCAGCGGCACUAAAUGCGUUGAAGUCAUCAAUCUUCAUAAUAGGUACAUCGCUUGCUCAUACCCUGCCGCUGGCACUGUCCUCGCUGUCACCAGCCACGAGGAGCGCAUCGCUUUCGGCGGUACCACGCCAGUCUUCAACAUUGUGACGUUCCAUGACCCCAAGCACGAGAAGUACGAAAUGCCACAAGGCGAAGUCAACGUUAAAUCAAUGACGCUGUUCCACGAUGAUUCCGAGAGCAUGUAUUCGGACUACGAUCCCACGGAACAAUCUAAAGUAGCCGUUCCGUCAGUAUUGCCUGCUCCUACUGACAAUAAGAUUUUGUCUAAAAAUGAUGAUAAUUGAUUUAUUUAAUAUACUUAUGUUUUUGGUGGCCUAUCUUA